AGCCGGAAGUGCCGCUCUGACCCGCUCGGCGGUUCCGCUGCUCUAUGGUGAGGCGGAGGGCAGGCAGAGGGAGGGGCGGUUAAUGGCUGCUCCCGCUGCUGCUGGGCGAACGCAGGAGUUCGGUGCCGGCGUCCCGGCGGAAGAAAGUCCGCAGCAAGGGUCAUCUUCAUAGAAACUACUGAAGACUUCAAAGAAUUCAUUUGAGACAAAAUAAGUGAAAUAAGUUGUUCUGAUAAAGUAAAAUGGAUCCUUGUUCAGUUGGAGUUCAGCUUCAAGCUACCAACGAAUGCCACAGGAUCUUUUAUACACGUCAUACUGGCUUCAAGACUAAGCAAGAUCUGUCUUCGUCUGAUCUACUGUUACUUCAGCUUAGGACUGGAAUAACCCUUUCAGAGAGCAAUACAAUCUGCUUCCACCACGCAAAAAUUUACAUUGAAAGAUUUGAAGACUUACAAAAAUCAUGUUGUGAUCCCUUUAAUAUACACAGAAAACUAUCAAAGAAAAACUUACGACCAAUUGACUUAGAUGAUGCAACUUUUCUAAGUGCCAAAUUUGGAAGACAGUUUGUACCUGGUUGGAAGCUUUGUCCCAAAUGUAUGCAGAUAAUAAAUGGAAGUGUGGAUGUUGAAUCUGAAGAUCGCCAAAGAAGAAAACUUGAUUCAGAUGGGCGUACAGCUAAGGCUUUAAAGUCUCUACAGUUUGCUAAUCCAGGACGACAGACUGAAUUCACUCCUGAGACCAGUAAGAGGGAAAAGAGAAGGCUGCAAACAAAAAAUGCAUCAUUUAAUUCAGACAGGCAAGUUAUACCAGCCAAGAGUAAAGUCUACGAUAGCCAGGGACUGCUGCUUUACAGCGGGAUGGACCUCUGUGAUUGUCUUGAUGAAGAUUGCCUGGGAUGUUUCUAUGCUUGCCCCAAGUGUGGCUCCAACAAGUGUGGAGCAGAAUGUCGCUGUGACCGCAAGUGGCUAUAUGAGCAAAUUGAGAUAGAGGGAGGAGAAGUAAUUAAAAAUAAACAUGUUGGUUAGUGUAUAUGCACAUUGUUUAUCCUAAGUAGGUAUUCCAUGCUUUGAUUAAACUCAGCACGUUCAUCAUUCAGUGGUUUAAUAAAAACCAUUGAAUUUAUCAAGAUCCACAUGAUUCAUGUGGUCACUUUUACAUUCAUGGAAAUAAUCAUACUACUGUUUUUUCAUACUUCAGUCUGCCUUGUAUUGUUAGUCAUCUAAGAAAGUUUUCAUUGAACAGUCUUACACUGUAUUUAAGGUACUACAUUUUCAUGUGACAAAUCCUGAGCCAUUCACCAUUGUUUCAUAUACUGUUUUGUAGAGUGUACCAUCUCGAUGUAUCCCUCAUUUUUCCUUCUCUCUUUCAGGAUCUCAUGGUUUUGAAUUUGUUUUAUGUGAAACGCUCUAAAAGUUCUCGGUGAAUUUACAUGCAGUAUUAAUAAUGCUCUCUCCAGUGUUACUAGUCAAUGCUGUAUCUUCUGUAGAUUAUCCCAGCUACAUCUGAUAAAUUCAAUCCUGUUCACUUAAAUGGAUUCAGAGGCAUUUAGGAGUUGAGAUCCCACCCAAGUUAUUGGAAUUUCAGAUCAUGUUAUUCUUAUGAAUUCAGGCCUCACUGUUAAAGUGUUAUUAAACUGUCAAGGCAUUGAAAAAAUAUGUUAAAGUACUUAAAUACGGUACUGUUUUGUUGGUUUCUAUAUAACACAAUUGAAAUAGUUCUGCUGUAUUUGUUAUCAGUCUGUAAUUGGAUUGGACUGGUACUUCAACAGCCCUUUCCCCUUUUUUACUAUUUAUUUGUUCUUAAGGUAAAGGUUUACAUGCAGCUGAAAUGAAUGUCUGUUCCCAAACUAAAGAUAUCUACAGUGCUACAAAAAAAACCACAGUUGAAUUGAAAUUAUGUUUGGUUGAUGCAUUAUCCUAUCCUCACAACAUUAAAAUUUUACAAUAUAACAGGAUUUAUGGAAGAGAUUUUAUAAUUGAAAUCUUGGUAACAUUAAAUGUUAACCCUUGGUAUUUUUGUUGCGUUUUGGAUAAAUUUCUUAUUUCUGUGAUAGACUUGGAAGAUCUGCAUGUCUAUUGGGUCACAUUUAUUAAAGAAUACUGUUAACUGUUGAUUGCUGAAGACCCACUUGGUAAAGUAGGUGGACCCAUGUGAACCUCAGGGGGUUCAAUAAGGCCAAGUGCACGCUCCUGCACCUGGGUCAGGGCAACCCCCAGUAUCAAUACAGGCUGGGGGAUGAAGAGAUGGAGAGCAGCCCUGCUGAGAGGGGCUUGGGGGUACUGGUGGAUGAAAAGCUGGACAUGAGCCAGCAGCAUGUAUUUGCAGCCCAGAAGGCCAACUGUAUCCUGGGCUGCAUCAGAAGAAGUGUGGCCAGCAGGUCAAGGGAAAGAAUUCUGCCCCUCUACUCUACUCCCACCCGGAGUACUGCAUCCAGCUCUGGAGCCCGCAACACAGGAAAGACAUGGACCUGUUGGAGCAGGUCCAGAGGAGGGCCACAAAAAUGAUCAGAGGGGUGGAACACCUCUGCUAUGAGGACAGGCUGGGAGAGUUGGGGUUGUUCAGCUUGGAGAAGAGAAGGCUCCAGGGAGACCUUAUUGCAGCUUUUCAGUACGUAGAGGGGGCUUAUAAGAAAGAUGGGGAUAAAGUUUUACCAGGGCCUGUAGCAGUAGGACACAGGGCAAAGGUUUUAAGCUAAAAGAGGGUAGAUUUACACUAGAUAUAAGGAGGAAAUUUUUCACAAUGAGGGUGGUGAAAUACUGGCACAGGUUGCCCAGAGAGGUGGUAGAUGCCCCAUCCUUGGAAACAUUCAAGGUCAGGUUGUACGGGGCUCUGAGCAACCAGAUCUCCCUGCUUAUUGCAGGGGAGGUUGCACUAGCUGACCUGUAAGGGUCCCAACUAUUCUUUGAUUCUAUGAUACAUUUUUGUAAUCUUGCUAUUUGUUUAGAGUGUUUUCUUUUCUGGUAAGCGUCAUCAAGCGUGCAUCGCUAAAAUCCAAAGUUACACUUUGAGUUGUACUGACAUCUGCUGGUCCUAGUGAAGUAUGAGCAUCAACGACAUCCUUAUUAUAUCUGCUAUGAAAAUAAACAGGCUUUCUUUUUUUGGUCAGAGCACUGGCUGUUCUGCCAAUGGAGGUCUCUCUCAUUGGCCUUUCAUUCCAGCCACAUUUAUGACAAGAACCAUCAUGUGAGUUUAUUUAGGGAAAGCAGCACGCUCUUUACACUUUUCCAGAUAGCAACACCACAACUAAAUAAUACCCAUGGCUCCCCUACCUGCAAGUGGCUUUUAAUAUGUUUUACUUUGUUGACUAUAGAGCGUGCUUGUCCUGACACAGCAAAUCUUGUGUGCUUGAUCCAUGUUUGUAACUGUUUCAUCUCUUAACCAACCUUUUGAAUUACAUGAAAAAAAUAAAUAGAUGAUACCUCCAUGAA